AUGAACACAUUUCUCUGGCUCUUUGUCUCUCUGUCUGCUCUCUUCAUCUUCACACCUUCCCACCAGUUAUCCAUAGAGUUGCCAAUAGGCUCAAUCCUGCCACCUCUAGUGUCGCCUAUUGUCUCGUCGCCUCCCUCACCACGGCCUCAAGUGUCGCCUAUUUUCCCCAACCCGAGACUCGAAAAAGCCUACAUAGCUCUGCAGGCAUUAAAACAUGCCAUCACUUCAGACCCUAAGAACAUUACAUCAGAUUGGUGUGGACCAAAUGUGUGCAACUACACUGGAGUUUACUGUGCACCUGCACUGGACAACCCGAAAAUCCGAACUGUUGCAGGGAUUGACCUCAACCAUGGUGACAUUUCUGGUGUGUUGCCAGAAGCUCUCUGCCUCCUCACUGAUCUUGCUCUCUUUCACAUCAAUUCCAACAGGUUUUGCGGGAGCUUACCGGAAACUUAUAAAUCUCUUGGCCUUCUUUAUGAGCUAGAUGUUAGUAACAACCUGUUUUCGGGGAGCUUCCCUAAUGUUGUUCUGUCACUUCCUUCGCUCAAAUUUCUUGAUAUUCGGUACAAUAACUUCAAGGGCGAGGUUCCUUCAAGACUCUACGAUCUUAAACUCGAUGCAUUGUUUAUAAAUAACAACAACUUCCAGUUCUCUAUUCCCAAGAACUUUGGGAACUCUCCGGUGUCUGUGGUGGUUUUAGCCAAUAAUAAGAUCAAUGGCUGUUUCCCGGAGAGUAUAGUGAAAAUGAAGAAAACCUUAAACGAGUUGAUCAUCUCAAACUCGAAUUUAGUUGGUUGUUUACCUCCAGAGAUAGGGUCAUUGACUAGUUUAACAGUGUUUGAUGUGAGUAAUAACAUGAUACUCUCAAGGUUUUGA